AUGAAAUUCAUUUUCUCGAUCUUCUUCAUUUUGGCGAUUAUUGCCAUCGGAUCUUUGGAGGCUGCCAAGGUGUGUGUUAUUCGUGUACAAACAUGCAAUAGCAAAGUCAAUGUGUGUGGUCGUUAUGGUCGCUCGAAUCUAUGUCAAAGAUUCCAAAAUACUUGUGCUCUGGAAACGGCUAAUUGUUCCGAUAACAUUGGCUAUACCGCUGUAAAUGCCACUUACUGCCAAGGUAUUGCUUUGAACCAACGUAGACUGUGCAACGGUAUGUCCACCGGUACCACCGGCGGAAAACUAUUAGGAUCUACCGGCAUGAACAAUAACAACAACAUCCAACCCAUUGUUAUUAAGACAGGCAAAUAA